AUGGGCGGCGGCGGACCCGCGUCGUUCACGCCGAGGACUCCGGAGCAGCGCGCGCGCGUCAGCGGAAUCGUCGACGGCGCCGUCGCGGUGGUGAGCGGGAUCGGCGCCGCGGCCGCGGUGUCGCCGUUUCUCGCGACCGUCGAUCGCGCGGUCGUCGCGGCGGCCGCCGGGAACGGCGGCGUGUUCCGCCACAUCGCGCGCGGCUUCGCGGAGUUCGUCACCAAGCCGAGAGCCGCGUUCACGUCCCCCGCGCUCGGGAUGGUCGUCGGCGUGUACGGCCUCACCUACGCGGCCGCGAACGUCAGCGACGUCGUCGGCGAGCGACGCGCGAACGCGUCGGACGCGUCCAAAGCCGCGGGCAAGUUCGCCGCGACGACGGGCGCGAACAUGGGCGCGGGCGUGAUGAAGGACGCCGCGUUCGCGCGCAUGUUCGGCGCCGCCGCGGGCGCCGCCGCGGGCGCCGCCGCGACCGGCGCGCCGCUGACGGUCCCGGCCGCGUCCUACGCGCUCUUCGCCGUCCGAGAUUCGCUCACCAUCGGAGGCGCCUUCUUCGUCCCCGCCGCGUUGUCCGCGGCGCUCUCCGCGUCGGGGACGAUCGAGAACCCCGCGAGCGCGAGCGCGCUCGCGCAGCUCGCGUCCCCGCCGCUGAUGCAGGUGGUCUGCACGCCCCUGCAUCUGCUCGCGCUGAACCUCGUGAACGCGCCGGGACCGAAGAUCCCGUGGACGAAACGCGCCGCGUGGACGGCGACGGCGGCGCCCGCGGCGUUCGCCGCGCGGUCGCUGCGGAUGCUCCCGGCGUACGGCGUCGGCGGCAUCUUGAACGGGUACUUCGUCCGCAGAGGCCGCGAGCUCGCGCUCGCGGACGCGAUGCGCGAGAUCGAGGCCUCCGAGAGCGAGAGCGAGACCGGCGCCGGGUCGGAGGAAGCGCGGCAAAGGGGGCGGUGGGAGAGCGCGAUCGAGGCGUUCGGCAGCGGCGAACGCUUGGACUCCUGGACGGGCGGCGAGGAGGGCGAGGCUGUCCUGCACACGCUCGCGCGGUACCUGUACGGCGACAACUCCGUGCAUCCGAUCGCGAUGGCGAAGGAGACGUCGCUGCCGGAGAUGACGUUCAGGUGGGAGCGGAUGAUACAGAACACGGUGCAGGCGCAGCUGGCGGACGCCGGCGGCGGGGACACGAUCGGCGGGUGCAUCGUCGCCGGCGGCGACGCCGAGGUUUCCGCGGCGCUGGACGCGCUCAUCUCGCGCGCGAAGGUGGACGCGCGCGAUGGUACGGUGAGCGUGCGCGAGAUCGAGGGGUUGCUGACGCGGGAGAGGGACGAGAGCGGCGAGGGGUGGGCCGCGCGGGCGCUGAAAGGGGACGAGCGCGGCGCGGCGCGGUCGUCGCGCCGCGAAUCGAUUCGCGCGGCGGCGGCGGCGCGGGGGGUGGUGACGCGGACGACGGGCGCGGAGAACGGCGACGAGGACGCGCGCGUGGGGAGGGACGACAUGCGGGCGCUGUUGCGGAAGCGCGUGGGGAUCAAGAGCGCGCGAGACGACGACUGA